AUGGACACCCAGGACAUCCUUGCGUUCCGCGGACCGGCUGGUUACAUCGUUGCCAUUCUUAUACUCCUCACUGUCGUCCUCAAAAGUAUCCCAUGGAUACAAUUGAGCCAUCGCAGAAUUGGCUAUCUCUUCGUGUUUCUGGCCUUCUGCUCCUUCUUGCAUACAUUCUAUUAUAUACUCGUCUUUUAUACGGCAAGUUUUACAGAAUACGAAGCCCGCGCCGGGGUGUUCUCACCCGACCUGGGGAAGAGAAUCACAGUGUGGCUUGCCCAGGCUUCGUUAUUUGAAGAAGCCCGGUUGAAAGCCAGUGCAAGAAGUGUAAACUGGUGGUGGAGUGAGCAGAUAUGCACGUAUGCCAUCGGUCCUUGGACUGUUUUUCUCUUCGUAGAAGGGCAGCGACACCAAAUUAGGCACUUGUGGGCUUACAUGCUUUUGGGCCAACUCGUCGCGGUCUCCGUUCCAGCGAACCUGUUCUAUCUGGCGCUCGUGCUGUCGGGAAGGGAGUUCAAGCCCGGCACAUUCAAACGUGGGCCUGCCAUGCCCUCUGUCACCACGAAAGCACCCCCAUUACUUUGGAUCAGCAUCUUGUUGUCUCUCGUCACGGUGGCAAACUCACCAUACACCGACGCGGAUACUUUCCUCCCUAAUCUCCUCCUCAUGCAUGCACUUAUCGUGGUACCGUUCUUAUUCAUCACUUCCGGUUCACACGGGAAGGGAUUAUCUUCAGGAUGGUUUUCCAUCCCUUACAGCACCUUGCACACGAUUCUGUACGCCGUCAUCUUGACCUUACGUGUCAAAACCACCUUGGCUGCAGUUCGUGAAGGAAGUUCUGGUUUGUAUCUGUUCCAGAACUUUUCGUUUAUGUCAUUCUGCAAGGCUAUUAUCGAAGCUCUUCAUUCGCAUCCAGGACAGGCGACCAUCGGGUGGGAUGUGAUAUGGUCAACGUCUUCGUUCGUCAUCUGGACGUGUCUAGAUCGAGGGUUCUCGCUCGCCCCGUUGAGCGCCAUCUUUGCGUCUGCGGGUGUGGUGUCGAGCUGGGUUGGUGCAUCAGCGGCAUUUGAAAAGGAAGAGGUGAAGGUGGAGUAUACGGAGGGAAAAGAUGAAUGA